AUGUCAUGCGGUGAAAUUGAUAUUCAGUUUCCUUUCGGUUUGAAAGGAGCCAAUAAAGGUCGUCGAUGUAGCUACCCAAGAUUCCAACUUUCAUGCGACAAACAAAACCAGACCAUUCUUAAACUCUCAGAUUCAGGGGAUUUGGUCGUGAAAAGCAUCAAUUACGAGGACCAAACCAUUAAGGUAAACGACCCCGAUGGUUGUCUCCCAAAACGUUUCUUAGAGAACUGGAGCCUUUCCGUGUCCCCACCAUUCAUGUUUGAUGCCAGCGUUUAUGGGUUUUAUGACCUCACUUUCUUUCGUUGUCCUUACAACGUAACAAAGACAUAUCCAGUGCCAUCAAUUUCUUGCAUCAGCGAUAACUCUUCAUCGGUGAUAUUUUCAUUGUGGAGCAGACCUAUUGACAUAUCACCGUGGCAUGAGUGUGAGGUGAUGUCAUCAGCGCUUGUUCCCAUUCCAAAUUCAAUCAUGGAAACAUCGCCCUUCUUCUCCCCUGAUCUUAACAAUGAUAUUGAGUUGAAGUGGAACAAGCCCACGUGCGGGGAUUGUGCUGCUCGUGGCCAAGUUUGUGGCUUCAAAGGUCUUCCAAGAAGUGCCAAAUAUGGCUUAACUAUAGGACUGGGAGUACCUGCACUCUUGGGUAUAAUUGGGAUUUCCUGCUUUAUCUGCAGUAAGUACACGCAUCGCCACCAGACCGGGCCCAGCAUGGAGCUUUCGAACUCGAUUAUUGCCGUGCCCUCGUUCAUAAUGGGCCUUAAUGGGCCUGAAAUUGAAAAACUUCCCAAGACUAUUAUUGGUGAGAGUGGGCGCUUACCGAAGUCCAAUGAGAACACGUGCUCAAUAUGCCUGUGUGAAUACGAGGCCAAGGAGACGUUGAGGACCAUACCUGCGUGCAACCAUUAUUUUCAUGCACACUGCAUAGAUGAGUGGCUCAAGAUGAACGCUACAUGCCCCAUAUGCAGGAAUUCACCGGAUGCGUCCACAACUGUUACCCCUUCUUAUUCUUCUUUGUCUUUCUAUUCGUAA